UCUCUCCUCCGCUUGGCUUCCCGUCUCGAAGAGCGUGUUUGCUCUCAGACCAUCUUUUCAUACAAGAAGAGAUCAGAUAGAAGAUUCCUUACAUGGUUUCUCAGUAGCUUCGCUUAUGAUGUUUGCUUGCAUAGAAAGUGUGGGAAAGUGAAGGAAUAUUUUGGUAUAUGUGAUAGUUUGAAAAGGCGAUCGGAAAAUAUACAACAACCUAGCGAGUUUGAAUCAUGGAAUCCAGAAAACAGUCGAUUAUCCCAGGAUUGCCUGAUGAUUUGGCUUUGAGAUGUCUUGCAAAGCUCUCCCAUGGGUGUCAUGGAGUUCUUGAAUGUGUUUCCAAAGGGUGGAGAGAUUUGAUCCGUAGCCCCGAGUAUGCAAACUACAAAUCGAGAAAUGGGUGGUCAGGCAGUUGGUUGUUCGUGCUGACAGAACGUUCUAAGAAUCAGUGGAUUGCUUAUGACCCGGAAGCUGACAGGUGGCAUCCCUUGCCAAGAACUGGAGCUGUUCAAGAGGGCUGGCACCAUUCUGGAUUUGCUUGUGUCUGUGUCUCGAAUGCUCUUCUUGUGAUUGGUGGUUGCUAUGCCCCUUCUGUUUCUUCAUUUCCUCACCAGAAACCCGUCGUGACAAGAGAUGUCAUGAAGUUUGAUCCGUUCAAGAAAGAAUGGAAAAUGGUAGCGAGCAUGCAAACACCUCGGACCCAUUUUGCUUGCAGUGUUGUCUCGGGAAAGGUUUAUGUGGCUGGAGGUCGGAACUUAACCCAUUCCAGAGGCAUCACAUCUGCUGAGGUUUAUGAUCCUGUGGCUGAUAGAUGGGAGGAACUGCCAAUGAUGCCCAGACCACAGAUGGAUUGCUUGGGCUUAUCAUACAGAGGCAGCUUUCACGUUCUGAGCGACCAAGUGGGCUUUGCGGAGCAAAAUUCAUCCGAAGUGUUUAAUCCAUUAGACAUGACAUGGUCCACUGUGGAGGAUGUAUGGCCUUUCUCGAGAGCCAUGCAGUUUGCUGUUCAGGUGAUGGAAGAUGAUCGAGUAUAUACGAUUGUCGAUUGGGGAGAGAGCUUGAUCAAGACUAGGGAUACUGAAAAAGGAGAAUGGAACAAUGUCGGUUCAGUUCCUUCCGUCGUUCUGCCUAAUCAUCCGAGAGAGUUAGAGGCUUUUGGAUACGGCUUUGCUGCUUUAAGACAUGAACUGUAUGUAAUUGGAGGAAAGGUUCUGAAAUGGGAAGAAUCUGGGGCUGGGAGAUUUGACAUAGUGAGAUUGGGUGUUGUAAGGGUAUGCAACCCUUUAGACAUGCCUCUAAAAUGGAGAGAAACUAGACCAAUGUGCAUUCCUGCUGGAGGGUCCAUCAUUGGAUGUGUAUCCAUGGAAGAAGCUUCCUCACCUUAAUCAAAGGUAAAGGCUUCCCCCCUCUUUGUUAUGACAAAUAUUUAUGUCUUUGGUCACGUUGUUGAUAUCGGGACAGAGCUGAGCUGCUAGGCCUAUAACGCUCGUAGCAUCGUCGUCCAAUGAAACCGUCAGAAGCUGACUGGAAAUCAUAGACAUGAGAACAGCAUCUUGUAAAAGAACAAAGAUAUGCAGAUUGGUAGAGAAUGCUCUUGGAAAGAAGGCUUUGGACAUGUCUAUGUCAAGUGAGUUAUUAGUGACAUGUUUAGACUGUGUGAGGAGGUAACCAGAGGAUAUGGUCAUGCCCCUUGUUGAGAGACACGUUAUUGGAUUUGGAUUUGGAAUCUUGUCUGUUUCUGAAAUGUUUGUGAAAGUUGUUUUCAGACAACUUGAACAGUGAGAUCCAUGUUUCCUGAUCUCUGUGUUUGGAAAUUUUAGCAAAUGGCUCCUCUUUGUUAUGUACC